UGCUUCUUAGCCUCCAUUUCUCUGCUCUUCUUCUCUCUCGAAGCGGCGGCGAGCGGCGGGAACGAUGCCGGCGGGACACGGGGUUCGAUCGAGGACGCGGGAUCUCUUCGCGAGGCCGUUCAGGAAGAAGGGGUACAUCCCCUUGACAACCUACCUCCGCACUUACAAGAUCGGCGACUAUGUCGACAUCAAGGUGAACGGCGCGGUCCACAAGGGAAUGCCGCAUAAGUUCUACCAUGGCCGCACUGGCAAGGUCUGGAAUGUCACCAAGCGCGCCAUUGGCGUCGAGGUUAACAAGCAGGUAGGAAAUAGGAUCAUAAGGAAGAGGAUCCAUGUCAGAGUGGAGCAUGUAAUACCUUCAAGAUGCACUGAGGAGUUCCGCUUGAGGAAGAAAAAGAACGAUGAGCUGAAGGCAGAGGCAAAGGCCCGCGGUGAGAAAAUCAGCACCAAAAGACGGCCGGAGGGUCCCAAGCCAGGUUUCAUGGUAGAAGGUGCUACACUGGAGACUGUCACUCCCAUUCCUUACGACGUGGUUAAUGAUCUCAAGGGCGGAUACUAAGUUGGUUCAUGUCAUAAUUUUCAUCAAAAUUCUUAGCUUUUCUUAUACCCGAAACACUUGUUCUCAACUAUUUGUGCUUUGUGGUGUUCUUGGAAGUAUUUUGCUUUUUGUCCCAACUGAAAGACUUGUUUUCAUGAUUAUGAUAAUCAAAUCUGUUUUUUUAUA